CGGGCUUGUCCGAAUUCAACACACAUGCUACCUAGCUGGGAGCCUAGAUGACAUAGCCAGUGCAAAACCACCACCUUCAGUACUUUCAUCUCAAUGACAGGUUUGGGUAGGGUCUCGGAAACAGCGUCGGCUUGAACUGCGUGCUUGAUCACCAGCUGCCAGUGUUAUUCUGUACGCAGUUCUGGCCUGGGGCGACAUCCUCUCGCAUGUAGUCCCAUGCUUUUUUUGCCCCAUUGCAGCGACUGGCAGUAGUCCCAUGCUUCUGAGCCCUGUCGUUGUAUCCAUCCCAAGUCCGGACACAUGAGUCGAACUUCGAUCUUUUAUUGCGGCAAGAGAUUGAUGGGUCUUUACCGUGGUUGUGGUUUUAGACGGAGUCAGUCCAACGGCGCCUCUUUUACAAGACGGUUCCGCUACGAGGAGUGAAGCGCCUGGGUCAGGGUUGGUUCCCUGAUGUACAAAGCAACAAACAAUGCCGCGGGUCAAGAGCUACACCGGUGACGCCAUCAAUUUCAAACAGAUCGCCGGACGCCUCACCAGUCCAACAGCCACCACGCGCAAAGAUGCCGUCGAAGAUUUAUUGGCCUAUUUUGAGGCGGUUGAUAACGGGUCUCAAAGUCAAAGGAACCCCUUUGAUGACAAGUCCUACCACUCUCUCUACGAGGCGCUAUUCGGUUGCGCUCUGCUGGAGAAGGAGAGCUACUUCGGAUCCAGAAAGUCAAUCAAGUCCACUGCCAACGCCAGUGCCAGACUGGUCAAAUGCGCCGAAGCCCUGCGCAUGGCCGUCCGCCAUGGGACAACCACGAUCAAGCGCAAGACGGCCAAGGCCAUUAUCGACCACAUUACGCAGGUCCUUCCGGGGCCCGAAGGAACCUACAUUGCACCUCUCCUCAAGGACUACGUGAAGGCUCUGGGCACCCUCCUUGAUUUCUCGGCAAAUGUCGAGCACCUGGCGGCUUUCUCCGGUGAGAGCUGGGAGACAUGCGUCAACUUCUGUGUUGAGGCUCUAUCCCGCUACCUCGAGUCGGGCGACCGAGACAGCGGGUCUCUGUCUCGCGCCUCCCCGGCCCCUGGAUCGACCACUAGAUCCGGCUCCGUCGCGGUAGCACAAGGAUCCGGCCAGAUUGGUGGUCAGAUAGCUCUCGAUUUUUUGACAUGCCUCAACUCACUUGUAAGCGCCUCAAACGCGCCGGUGCCAAGGAAAGCAGACAAGAUCUCGAAUGUGGUGCUGCAGAUCCUCCAGCUCCGGCAGAUGAGGGUUGGCGAGCUGCAAAAAGCUGCCUUCUCGACCUUCAAUGUCAUCUUUCGGCGCAUCCAGGCGGAUGACGUCUCACUGGCGAAGAGACUAGUCAGGGGCCUAAUUCCCCUUGUUUCCCACUGGUGGCAGCCUCGAGCUCUUUCCCGAGACGCGAUGCUGAACUCUAUCCGCGACGAAAUGCUCAAGACCAUCUACGGAACCCACCUGUAUGUGGAGAGUCUACUUCGCGAAUCCGCCGACGACUCCUUUUUUCAGGAUGUUGAGGACCUGCUUGAUGCCCUGUGGUCCGACUACUCGAGACGCGAGGAGCGUGCCCGGCUUCAACUGGACGAUGUCAGCUUCACGGGAAUGCGUCUCCCUUCAGAUCACCCAUCCACUGCCGUCUUCAGCCUACGCCCUUACAAUCAGGCGGGCGAGCAGAAUUGGGUUCUCUUGGAGAACCUCGCAAUCCUAGAAGCCGCUUACUCGCGCCACUCUCAGCGAGUCCACAGCCAGCAGCAGCAGCCCGAGAAUGGCCAGCCCCGGAAGAGGCGCCGGGUGGCCGGUAGCUCUAACAGGAUACAUCAGAAACUGCAAUCCUUAGAUCCGGCUGUGCGGCUGUCCGCCCUGCAACUCAUUCCGUUCCUAUCCAGGCAAGAGCAGCUAUCUCUAGAAGAUACCGUCGAGGCCAUUGCAGACUUGUCCAAGUCAGUCACUGCCAAGCAAAGCGUCGUCGCCUCUUGGGCGAUGCUCGCCUGUUCGAGUCUGGCCGCGCAUGAAGCGUCACGGCAUGCGUCGCUUUGCUCGUCCUGGAAACAGCUUUGGCAACUUGGUGUACGGUCGCUGUCUCUGCCUCCUACGAGUCGUGCUGCCUGCGUGCUCCUCCACUCGAUACUAAAGGCGAACCUCGUCCCUCGGCAUGAACUUGCGGACGAUGUCAACCAGAUUGUCACAACCGCCGACAUCAGCGGGCCUUCGGUGCUGGUCGAUUCGUCCCUCGUCUUGAUGCUGGGCUUGCUGCGCCUCCGCAACAAUAUGUUCCCUAACGCAAGCCAAGCUACGUCAAACCACAUCAUCCGGUGGGUGUUUGUCAGGUGGAGUCCUGCCGAACUGAUAUAUGCCUCACUCCACGCAACGCAUGCCACGCCUUACGACCUUGUCAACCUUUUGCGGGCGUGCUAUGGAGCUCCAGCCCUUACCAUGGCAGUGCCACUACGUUUGUUUGGCGGUCCCAUCGCUCAGUUCUGGAAGAGCCAGACAGAAACCCACGCGUUCAUACGGUAUCUGCUUCUUCUGGAUCAAGAAGACGUGGCAGCACCGGCCGCCGAAACGCCGUCGGCCGAAGAGCAGCCGGCCGAGUCUCAGCAAGUUGCUGAUCCAGCGGGGUCCCAUGCAGCAAGACGGCUUGCGCUCGAGCUACUUUAUCCGAAGAUCGAGGAGCUUCAGCAGCUAGCAGACUCGUGGCAGAAGCGCGGUGGAGAAGGUGCAAUACCAGUUUCGGCCGAGCGGCUGCAGAGCAUGUUGCUCGCCUGUCUCACUGGGUCUCUUCUGCUUCCGGAGCUAGUCAACCUCAACUCUUCCAUGUCGAGGGACCUCGAAGCAGCGCUCUUCAACAUCGUUGACGCCACGCUGAAAGUGAUACUGGGUACUGCCGCGAACGAGCACUUUUUCGACUUACUUCUGACGUCUUCGGCUCCGUACAUACCGCCCAUUACCGAAACGGAGCUUGUUUCGUUGAAGACAGAGAGGCCACAUCUGCUGAGAUUGUUCGGCAAGCUCUCUAAUGCUUUGCACGAGAGAUCUCGUCGGGAGUCGUCUCUCCGUCAGCCCGAUGUUAUCGAUAUCGACGACGAAUUUGAGUCUCAAACGAGUCAAAGCAGUACAGCAUCCAAGAAGAAGACCCUGCCCAGGAGAGACCUGUUGCUGUGCCAUACGCCUGAAGCAUUCUACCUGGAAACAAGCCUACGGAUACACCUUCUUGAGAUCGUGCGCGGAGACGACGGCGAGAUUGGCCGCAUUCCAGAGUCCAUCAUUGACCAGCUCCUUGAACUUCCUGAGGAGCAGUUCUUAUCCUGCCGGCUGUUCAUGCGGGAGCUCUUCACCUCGGAUGCCGUGACCCCUCUCGAAACGGCCAUGAGGAUCCUGGAAGCUGCUGGGCGCAUAAUUAGUCGCGGCGAGUACACCUGCUGCGAAGUGGCGUUGUGCAACUGCCUCGAUAUCAUGGAUAACUUCAUCAGUAUGUGGACCGAGGAGGAUGUCGAGAUGGCAAACAUGGCUGGCGAUCUCUACCACUACCUGGUGAAGAACUGCUUACCAAAUAACUCCCUCUCGGCCGCCGCGCAAAUCCGACUGUCCAGCCUGCUCUUGCACCUCUUGGAGGUCAAGUCCACUUACGCCUCUAGUCUAGGGUUGCCAUCUGCCCGGUCUACCCUCAUGAGCAUCCUGCAAGACGGAGCCAUGGAAGUCAAGUACUUCAUUGGCCGCAACCUUCCCAAGAUCUUCGGAUUGUACGUCCUGAAGACACACGACGAAAUCUUCGUCGACGUGUUGGAAAGCCUGCCCUCGGACCCAGAAGUCAGCGAGGGGAUCGCAUUUCGGCUAUUCGUCCUAGCAGAGCUGGCCUGUCGAUGGCCGACGCUGCUGCGCCGUUGCAUCUACCAUAUCUUCGAGACGCCAGGGAAGAUAUCCCAGUCCGAAAACUAUGCAGCCAGCUGCCUCAAACGGAUCUCCCGGACGUUGCGACUCAGUGGACCUCAGGAGUUAUUCAGACUGUUCGCUCCUCAGCUGUUGUACACCUGGCUAGAAGCAGACUCCAUCCAGGAGAUCCCGUUCAGCAUCUUUGGCUUUCCAAGCCUCCACGAUCUACUCCAGGAAGCCCAGACGGAGGCUGCCGCCAUCAUGAUCAUGCGUGGUCAGGAGAAAGCGGCCCUGGACUUGGCACAAUCCCUGGGUCUGACUCCCGAACAGAUGGUCCAACAAAGCUUCACCAGAAUCAUAGCCUACAGCAUCGCGCACGACAUCAGCAUCCCAGGGGGUGCAGACUACGUGACAGGGGAGAGUCGGCUCAGGAGGAUCCUUGGGAAGGAGGGCUUCCUUUCGAACAUCCAUCUCAACUUCGCCGACAUCAUAGCGACCUUUUUCGACACCUUUGAUCAGGAGUACCCCAUUGAGAAGACCUUCCGGCGAGAUGACCGGUUUGCCUAUGCGGCGAAUGCCAUGGACGAGAUCAAAACACUGGGCCACUUACCCGCCGCAUUACCUCCGAAUCAGCAGCCGAUGUUCAAAGCGAAAUAUCUACCGAGGGAAAUCCUUCAUCUGUGCAGCCGGACCCCGUACGAGCCGGAGACACUAUGGACACCAGCCCUCGUCGUCUUCGUGGCUCGCAAGCUGCUGAACACCAUACACCCCGCGCUAGGACCAUUGCACGCCUGCUCCGUCCUUCGCAAGAUACGCGUGAUGAUCUGUAUGGCGGGCGACCAUGCGACAUCUGCGUACCCUCUGGAGAUGCUUCUGCAUUCCCUUCGGGCGUUUGUGGUUGAUCCGGAAUGCGCCGACGAUGCUUUAGGCAUCACCCAGUAUCUCAUACUCAAAGGGGGCAACCACCUUAAACAGACGCCCUCCUUCCUUGCCGGGUACGCGCUGUCUAGUCUGGCGGACCUCCGCGUCUUCCUCGAGUCGAGCCAGUCCAGCACAACGCAAGAGAGCCAAUUCAAGGCCACUAAAACCAAAGCACAGCUCUUCCACUCGUGGUUUUCCAAGUACCUGGCCAACUACGACUCCCCUGCCUUCCAGGACGACGUGCAGAGACAGGCUUUCAAAUCCAUCACGCAGUCCGCCGCUCAUAUUCGGGCCUCCGGUAAUGCGGAGAAGGGGACACACGAGAGCAACCUGCUCCUAGAAAUCCUAGAAGACUGGAAUCGGGAGAACCGGCUGCUGAACGAGCCGGCGCGUGAUGUUGCGCUGUCGAUGCUUUGUGGCGUCUUCAAGGUGCCCCCGUCAAGCAGGCUCGACGUUAUCGAGACAGACGACGACGCAGUGAAUCACGGCGCUGUUGUGUGGAAGAGCUGCGCCUCCCAGCGCCUGAGCGGGGAGUACCUAGCCUGGGCAGGACGCGUACUCGGCCGUUCGUUUGCGGCCUCCGGUGAAGUGCCGGACGAGUUGUUGCGUGAGUCGCACCUCAACGAGUAUCGCAGGCUGUCGUUGGACGUCGGCAGUUCCGAGGAGGGCCUGUUGAAUCUCAUUGAGGCGCUCACCGUCAGCGGCGACUGCUUCACGGCCGGCUUGGCCGAGGCUGCACUGCGCACUGUGGUUUCUGACGCCGUCGGCGACGAGGACCACGACCUUCUUAGCGCGUGCCAACAGAGUCUUUCCGAGUCGCUGCUGAUUUCUUCGAACUGGGACCCGUAUCGCACGCCGCAAUCGGACCAAUUCAGGGUCGAGUCUCCUGCUGAGGCGGAAGUGUUUUCGGCAAAGCAUCUCGAGAGCCCGAAUUGGUCGCAGCAGCUUGCCACCCUCCUCGCUCAGUCGGUACCGGAAAUUGUGACGCUGAGGGUGCUGCCUCCGAUCCUCACCAAGGUCAAGGGCUUUGCGGAGAGGGCUUUCCCCUUCGUUGUUCACCUGGUGUUGACAUACCAGCUGGACAAGCAGCAGGGGGUCAAACGGCAGUUCUCGGAGGCUCUCAGGGAGUGGUUGAAGUCCACAUCCGAUGCGGCCAAGGAGAACUUAAAGCUGCUGAUCAACACCAUUCUCUACUUGAGAACUCAGCCACUGCCUGGCGAGGCGUCGAUCGCAGAUCGAGGUCACUGGCUGGAGGUCGACCUGUCGAGCGCGGCUGCUGCUGCCACGCAGUGCGGCAUGUUCAAAGUCUCCCUCUUGUUUGUCGAGCUGGCGAAUUCCGAAUCAUCAAGAAGCUCGCGGCGCUCUUCCGUCAGAGAGAUUGAGGACUCCAGCGAGAUCCUGCUGAGCAUCUUUGAGAACAUUGAUGAUCCGGAUGCCUACUACGGUCUGAACCAGGACGCUUCGCUCUCCACCGUCGUGUCCCGCUUAGAGUAUGAGAAUGACGGGAGCAAGAGCCUCGCUUUCCGCGGCGCACAGUAUGACAGCCACUUACGGGACAGGGAUCCUGCCUCGAGGCGCGACGGCCAGGCGCUUAUCAAGGCUCUGAGUAGUCUUGGUCUCGCCGGCUUGUCCAAUUCCUUGCUUCAGACCCAGCAGAGCCUGGACGGUUCGUCAGACUCGCUGGAGGCCACGUUCACGACCGCGAGAAGGCUCGAGAUGUGGAACCUACCGGCCCCGUCGAAGACUGAUAACUGGGCUGUGACGGUGUACAAGGCAUACCAAGGCAUGCAACAGGCCGCCGACAUUGAUACGGUUAGAAGCGUGGUUCAUGACGGGUUGAGGAGCACCGUUCGGCACCUCACCAACCAUAGCCUCAACACCUCGACGCUGCGCCAUCAGCUUGGAGCGCUCGCGGUGUUGGCCGAACUCGAUGAUGUCUUGAACGUCACCGAUCAGUCUGAAUUGCAGCAUGUGCUGGAAGCCUUCGAGAGGCGAUCAAAGUGGAUGAUGAGUGGGCGGUACCCCGACGUGAGCCAAAUUCUGUCCUGCAGGGAGACCACACUGAGCAUGUGGAGUCAACAUCACAAACUGAGAUCGACUCGGUUGACGCCAGCGGAGGCCCGGCUCGUCCAGGUUCGCGGCAUGCUGCUUUCAUCCGACAUCUUCCGCUUCCACCGCGCAAACCAGGAGACCCUGAACCUGUCAACAACGCUUACGGAUCUUAUCCCUUCGAGUCAAUCGUUGGGUCUCAGUGUUGAUGCUGCAAUCAAGAUGGAGGCGGCCAAUUCGCUGUGGGACCACGGGGAGAUGAUCUCUUCCAUCCGGAUGCUGCAGAACAUCGACAGAGACUCGUCCCUGAAGAAGCAGACGGUGCCUGUCAGUCGUUCGGACCUGUUGUCCAAGAUUGGAUACCAAGUCUCUGUUGCGAGGCUGGAGAGCCCCGACAGUAUCCAGAAGAAGUACCUUGAGCCAGCGCUCAAGGAGCUCCGAGGAAAGGACGAAGGGAAAGAGGCCGGCCAGGUGUUCCACCAGUUUGCCAUGUUCUGCGACGAGCAGCUUCAGAAUCCGGAUAGCUUGCAGGAUCUGGCGCGCCUGAAGAACUUGAAGAAGGGCAAGGAUGAGGAAGUUGCCCAGCUGAAGGAGCUGAUUGCCAACUCCAAGGAUUCUCAACACAGGAACCGAUACCAGAGCCAUCUUGCGAAAGCCAAACAGUGGCAAGACCUCGACCAGCAGGAACUCCGCCGGGUAGAGCAGACUCGCUCGGAGUUCCUCAGACUCAGCUUGGAGAACUACCUGCUGUCGCUGGCGGCAUCUGACGAGCACAACAACGAUGCAUUGCGCUUCAUGGCACUCUGGCUGGAACAGUCGGAGGAGGACGUCACGAACGAGGCUGUCAAGAAGUACAUCGGCAAAGUGCCUACGCGCAAGUUCGCACCGUUGAUGAACCAGCUCUCCUCGCGUCUGCAGGACCAGCCGGUUCUCUUCCAGAAGCUGCUGAUCGAUCUGGUCUACCGCAUCUGUACAGACCAUCCCUACCACGGCAUGUACCACAUCUGGUCCGGAGCCAGGACGCGUGUCAAUAAGGAUGACGAGGUUGCCGUCUCCCGCCAGAAGGCGACGGACAGGGUGGCGAAGGCGCUGACCAAGGCGGAUAAGAAGGUGUCCCACAUCUGGCCGGCAAUCGACCAGACGAGCAGAGCCUACCACGCACUGGCCAUGGACCGCGACCCGAACAGGUACAAGGCCGGCCAGAAGAUCGCGAUCAAGAGCUCAUCUGUCGGCCAGAACUUCCUGCACAUCAUGGCCAAGUACCCCAUCCCGCCGCCGACGAUGCAGAUCGCGCUCUCGGCCAGCCAAGACUACUCGGACGUGCCCAUGAUCCACAAGUUCGAGCCCGAGAUGUCCAUCGCCUCCGGUGUGAGCGCACCCAAGAUCAUCACGGCUGUCGGUACCAACGGGCAGCGGUUCAAGCAACUUGUGAAGGGCGGCAACGAUGACCUGCGCCAGGACGCCAUCAUGGAGCAGGUGUUCGCGGCCGUUUCCGAGCUCCUCAAGCUCCACCGCACGACAAGACAGCGGAACCUCGGGGUCCGGACGUACAAGGUGCUGCCCCUGACCUCGUCCUCCGGCCUGAUCGAGUUCGUCUCCAACACGAUCCCGCUCCACGAGUACCUGAUGCCGGCGCACGAGCGGUACUACCCGCGCGAUCUGAAGGGCUCGCAAUGCCGCAAGGAGAUCUCUAACGCGCAGACAAAAACCACCGAGACGCGCAUCGCCGUCUACCGCAAGGUCACGGAGCGCUUCCACCCGGUCAUGCGCUACUUCUUCAUGGAGUACUUCCCGGACCCGGACGAGUGGUUCCACAAGCGCACCGCCUACACGCGCACCACGGCCGCCAUCUCCAUGCUCGGCCACGUGCUGGGGCUUGGCGACCGCCACGGCCACAACAUCCUGCUCGACACCAAGACCGGCGAGGUCGUCCACAUUGACCUGGGUGUCGCCUUCGAGAUGGGCCGCGUCCUGCCGGUGCCGGAGCUCGUGCCCUUCCGCCUGACGCGCGACGUGGUGGACGGCAUGGGCAUCACCAAGACCGAGGGCGUCUUCCGCCGCUGCUGCGAGUUCACGCUCGACGCCCUCCGCGAGGAGGCCGCCUCCAUCCAGACCAUCCUCGACAGCCUGCGCCACGACACGUUGUACCAGUGGUCCAUCUCCCCCGUGCGCAUGGCCAAGCUGCAGAAUGCGCGCGGCUCGGCGGCAGCAGCAGCCGAGGGCGGGGAGGAGGAAGACGGCGAGGAGAGUGCUGCUGGUGUGGGUGGCGGUGCGGAGGGGGGCAGGAGGGAUGGUGGUGGCGGGGGCAAGAAGGCGCGGUCGUCGGUCAACGAGCCCAGCGAGGCGGAUCGUGCCAUCGAGGUGGUCAAGAAGAAGCUCAGCAAGACGCUGAGUGUCAUGGCCACGGUCAAUGACCUGAUCAACCAGGCGACGAGUGUGUCGAACCUGGCGGUUUUGUAUUCUGGCUGGGCCGCAUAUGCUUGAGUCAAACGUAGGGGGUGUGUACGGUAGAUAAUUUAGAUGGGGGAGGAUAUAGCCAGACUUGGUAGGUAUUAUUUGUUGCUCGUGAAAAUGGAACAGACUUUGCUCAUGUCCUUCUGGCUACUAGCAUCCAAAUGUCUGCUGGAGU